GAAAUGGAGAAUAUUAGCAAUGGCUCCUCAGACCAUCCUGAGGACUCUAGAGAGGAAAGCAAACUAGUCAGCACAAGAGAGAUCUUGAUCGAUUACCAUGAAGAAGCAGAGGGAGAGUUUGAAUAUGAUCAUGAUAAUCAAGACGGCUUCGGAGAUUCGCACUUCUAUCCCCUACUCGCCUUGUUUGACGUUAUUAAUGGUUUCUUCAGGAAAAAGGAGCAGAAAUAGAGAAGCAUUUGAGAAAAUCCUUCAUUUUAGUGAAGUUAAUAAGCUUCAAGAUAAGAAUUUGUCAUUACAAAGAGUCUUAGUCAGUAAAAAUGAGGCAGAUAGUGUUCAAAGUUAUAGAGAAGAGGCUGAAACAAGCAAUCUUUCCAAGAUUCAUGAUUUUAACAAGACUAUUUCAUACAAUCAUGACCCUAAAGAAGAAAUUAAAAAUCCUGAAGAAGUCACAAUGAAGGACCCUUUUGAUACAGAUUCAAAGAGUCCUAUUUUAACUCCUGAUAAUUAUCUGAGCGAUAUAGAAAAGAAUCGGGAUGAGAUACUGAGAAAUUUUGAGUCCAAGAUCUCUCCUCAGCUUGAAGCCAGGGAGGUGCAAACAGAGUUCAACAACUAUCUUCUUCCACUAAGAGAUGGAGCUCAUAAAUCAGCCCAGGCUUAUCCUGGAGAGUUUAGUAGCCAGAAGUGUAUCCAAGUUGACUCAAAACAUUUUGAUGAGAUUGAUACUAAAAUCUUGUCUCAUAAGUUAUCAGAAGAGUUACCAAAGUCUCCAUUUUACAAGAUAUUCGUGCUGCUAGAUGAAGUUGCUCACAAAGUUCCUGAUCUCUCACAGUUCCUUCUCAAGAUCAGGAGAGAACUUGAGGUAGAAAUAGGUGCGUUCGAGCUUGCUAAGCAAGAAGUUGAAUCGAAAAGAAAAGAGCUCCAACAGAAGGCAGAUGUGAUUCUUGACCUUGAAUGAGCCAAUUUGGAGAACAGUGUGUACUUAAACAACAAAAUCCAGGAGUUAAACACUAGAAUUGCUGAAUUAUACGACAGAGAGGAGAAUAAAUCUAUUGAAGUCUGUCAUGCUGAUAUCCAAACUGACCUUACUGCUCAGAAAAUCCAGGAGACCGAACUUGACCUUCUUGCCAGUAAGCAGAAUAUUGAAAUCGAUAUUCUGUCUCUUAAUGAAAGGAUCAAGGAGAAAGAGAAACAGUUCAAGUUUAAUUACGAAAGUCAGAAGAAAGAGAUAGAACUACUCAGACAAGAAGUUGAGAAUGAGAACAAGAUUCUAAUUUCAAAGAAAAAGCAGUUACUCCUUUCCCCGUUUAAUGAGCUACAAUCAGAUGCAAAGUUAAGAGACUUGGUUUAUCAUUUCAAAAAGGCGAAUAUUCAAGACAUAAAAGCUCCAGAAAUCGAUAUCGAAUUUGAGGCAUAUUUGCGUACAGAAAUGUUCCAGAUUUCUACAUUGGAAGACAUUGACAAACUAAGAGCCACAGCAGAUAGAGUAGUCAAACUAGAAUAUAUCUUACUGAAGGAAAAGUCCAAGAUGUCAAUUGUUUCCCAGUACGUAGAUGCAGCCAUACAGGAACUUGAAUGUGAGAAAGAAGAGUACAGAGUCAUGCGACAGAAAUAUGAGAAUCUACUUGUCACAGAAAGGGAUCUCCAAAAAUAUAAGAGGGAGCAAGAUGAGAAGAAUAAUAAAUUCCAAAGCAUUAUUGUUGAUUAUAGAGAUAAAAUUAGCAAGAUAUUUGAUUGCUUCCAAGAGAUUAUGCAGAUCAAGAGAGAACUUCCAUUGGAUAGCAAAAUAGCAUAUGCAUUAUCACCAGCGUCCUCCAUUAAGAUGAGUGCUGAAAAGAUCAGAAAGCAUUAUUCCCAAAGCGGGUUUCACGAAAACCUCAUCAAAGCACUUGAGGACAUUGAUAUUAUUAUUGAUAUCCAAAAGGUCUUGAUAAAGGAUGUUCCUAAUUGUGACGAGCAUACACUUCUAAAAAGCAUGAAAGAUCAGUGGUCAGCUCAUCAACAGUCUGCUCUCAGCAACCAAAGUCUUCUCGCCAUUACCAACAAGAAGGUAGAGAAAAUGGAAUGGAUCAAGAGAGUCCUUGACACAGAGUCUAAAUUUAUAGAAGAGGAGAAGAGAUGGAUACAGAAGGAAAGACAAGCAAUACUUGACCAAAAGGCACGCGGAGAAAAAGGCAACUUCAUUGGAACUUUCAACUCAGACUCCUUUGAUUUCAUGACCUCUAGUGUCAAACGUCCCAGUGGCUUUUUCAACGAAAGCGAUGCUAAUAAAACUAAAGAUAAAUUAGAAGUCGAAGUUGAGGUAAUGGAGAGACUCAACUCUGAGAUAAGAGCUGAGCUUGAUAGAAUAAAUGAUGAAAAGGUUAUCCUUAUUGAUAAAGAAGAGAAUAUUCAAAAAGAAAGACUCAAUAUCUUACUCCAAUAUGAUUCCAUUAAGAAGUUAGAGCAGUUUUAUAACGAAUACCAUCCUGUUGAAAAGCACAUACAGAUAGAAGGAAUUGAUGUGAACAGCGAAAAUAUGAGAGAAAUGUUUCAAAAAUAUCUCAAAGUUGCUGGCAAGAGUCCUCAGAAAUUUUAUGAUACUAAGGAUAGACAAAUGCUGAUGGUAUUUGCUCUCCAUAAGAUGAUGUAUUGCCUCUGGCAUGUUGCUAGUUACAACCAGUACUCUUACAAGGAUCUCCUUCUGAUCUACUUUAACUUAUGGAGAACCAAGAAUAAAGUUGAUAAGCAAAUUAAGACCAGAGAGUUACUGUUAGUUAAGAUGAACUCAGAGCCGGCUCAAGAUAACACUAGAUACCAAAAUAGCUCAGAAGAUACUUGGUUCGAAAUAUUCUGGGAUAAAAAUAAAUCAAGAGUUCUAUCCCAACAUGUAAUUUCAGACAAGAGGAGAUCAAUCCACGAAGAGCAUCUUUUUGUAGAAAGAAAGAAGAUUGAAAGAGAAAUGAAGAAAUAUUGGAAGUUCAAGAGCCAAAAAGCUCUAAAGAUGAUCUUCCUGCAUCUUAGAAGGAAGUUAAGAUACAUCCUGGCGUAUAGUUUCAUGAAGUAUCGCAUUAAUGUGCUUUUGAUAGCGAGGAACCGAUCAAAGACAAAGCCAAGAUUCUUAUCCCUCAAAAAAUAAAUUUCAAUCCUAC